AGAAAAGAAAAUUAGGUCAAACCUCUUCUUGUUCUUGUUCUUGUUCUUCAUCUUCAUCCUUCUGGGUUUGAGCUCCACAGUCUCCAUUGUUACAGCAAUUGAACAAGUUAAGAUCGCCAUGUCUGCAGGCUUGAAUAGACCUUCAUAUAUAUCCCCUUCUAGGAACAUAAUCAAAACAAUUCAUUUACAUGAUUGGUGGCUGAUAAAUGGGAAUGAUGAAUCUAAUAAUAGAUUAUUAAGAGUUGCUGGAAUUGGAUCAAAAGAUGGAAAAUUGAGAACAGUUUUCUUUUCAGCAGCAAUUUCCAAAAGACAUGAUAUGGUUACACUCGAAACAAUUGAUGGAUUCACGGUUACAUUAACCGGUUCCAUCAACAGAUCUGCAACACGAAAUAAUGGCUUUUCUGUCGAGGUUUGCAAUUGUUUCCAGUUUGGAUUUCCCUCUUACUGGAAAGAUUAUGCUAGUUUUGAAGAAUCAUCAUGUUCUUAUCCAUUGCCGAUGACAAUGGAUGAUAUACCAGUUAGUUUGAUUCGAGAUAAUUUAGUGUUGGGUUUAGGAGGUUCUUCUGUACAAAUGAAGUUUGUGAAUAGUAUUUUUGAUGAUUUGGUUCAAAAUAAUGGCGACGAUAUUACGCAAAGGGAGGAUGUUAAAGUGCAGAAAACGGUUUCAAGGAAGAAUGGGAGUAUGAAAUCUGGCCAAGGAAGAGUUGGUAGUGUGAUGACGAGAAGCAUGUUGAAACAGAAGAGGAAUAAUGCAUCCGAUUCUGACUCAAAAUGCGAUGAUUUUCGAAAAGGAUGGGAUGAAGCUUUGUUAUCAAAUAAUGAUGGUGUUGAAGAAAUUGAAUUAGGCAUGUCUGCAAUUCGAAGAUCUAGUAGGCUUAAAUCUGCUUUAAGGAAGAAGUUAUAAUGAAAAAUAAAAAAAUGUUGUAUCUAAAUUUAGUAUAUGUAUAGUUUUAUCAGAUUUUUUUAUUUCCCUA